AUUUUCAACUAUCAAUGCUUCGAAUUCCUUUCACUUGCACGAUUGCAUUGCCCCUAUCCUGUGCCUCAGAUCUAAACAAGGCGCUCUAAACGAUAACGACUGCAGACGACAUCGCACUACUGCGGGCCUGAUCCUGCUCCUGAUCCUUUCGAUUGGCCUCUUGUCUCAGCUUGCCGCAGCCUCACUUUAUAGCCGCCAGCCCGUGACCCCUCUGGCCAAGACUCGAAACGACAUGCAAUGACCUGCUGAUAUUCGCCACGGCUUGAAGCUUUUAUUUCUUCUUUUUUCUUUGCAUUUUCAGUUCCAGCUUCUCAAAUACACAUAUAGCCGCCAUGCUUGACGACAGCUUCCCCACGUACCGCAUGCACGCUUCUGCGGAAGAUGCUCUCCAGACGACUCUGUUUUACACAUACAACGGCUCGGAUCCUCAGCGCGCUUACACCCUCCAGAGACCUGCCCCCGCAUCCUCGGCGAACCAGUAUGCCAUCGCCCUAUUCGACGCCCACUACCAGUCCGUCAUCUACGGCGAGGUGCUGGUGAAGCCCGAGUUCCAGCAGCCCACGCUCUCGGCCGCCGAGAUUCGCAACCAAAACGGCUCGCCGCCCAACGUGCCCAUCACGCCCGACUCCUUCUCCGUGCUGCUGUAUAACCCGGACCAGAACAUUGUCGUCAAGCGCAAUGCCGGGGGGUGGAAUCGCGCUGAUUCGUGGGGGUUUGAGAUUCCUGAGCGCACGUUUAAGCUGCCCAGUGCCAGCAAACUGGACCAGGAGACGGGGAGCAACGACGUGGCGGAUCAGUCGCCGAAGAUUAUGUUUCACUGGAAGCGGGAUGGGCGGCUUAAUAGGGACAUGACGUGCUACAUGUCGGGGAAGAGCGUGGGCGGCAAGAAGAGCAAGGAGCCGGAUAUCACGGUGGCCAUGUAUCGUAGCCAGAAGCAAGGGGAUGCCGUGUGCAUCUACGAGCCCAACAUGGCUCGAGUCGAAGUCGAGGACCGAAAGGGUCUUGAGGUCGUGCUGUUGCUGAGUGCUGUUGUCGUCAGAGACUUGCAUUUUGCACCGAAGCAGGAUCCAUUCAACAUCUCCGGCGCGGUCCCUGCAGGGAGAAGAGGCUCGCGGCCGUUGGCACCGUCGCCAAACGACCCGACGCUUGUAUCCGGUGCAUUGGCGGAUACUACUCCAUCACCGGGGCCGACAAACACGCCACCGGCAAGACCCUCUGCCGCGAAGCAGGCCGAGAUUGAUGCCGAGACACGCCGGCUGAAAGCAAUGGUGGCCGAAGAAGAGCGACAGCGCCGGGCGCGACUUGCUAGGGAGGAAGAAGAGAAGACGCGGAGGAUGCUCCAGCAGGAGGAAGAAGCUCAGCGGCGGCGGAAGCAAGCCGAGAUCGAUGCCGAGACCGAGCGGCUUCGUCGAGAGUACGGCGUGCCGGCCCCUCGGCCAACGCAGGCAUCUCCUCCGCUCCCGCAGCGGCCUUUUGGAGCACCGGCGUCGACGGCGGCCAUGUCUGGUGCUUUGGGUGGCGGCGGCUGGUAUGGCCCGCCCGUCGUGAACAAUCUCCAGCCUCCGCCUCCGCCGCGGCCAAACAGCGUAGGCCCCGGGCCGUCUACGCAGCAGCAGAAUGGGCGCAACAAGCUGAGUCCUUAUUCGGGACCGUUGGGGGCGCGGGCGAGUGCUAUUAGCUUUUUCGGGGGAGGCAAGACGGAUGAGGAGAAGAGGAAGAAGAUGAAGAAGAAGCAGAGCGUGCAUUUCUAGGGGGGCAUCAUCAUGGCGUUUUUUAAGGGGGGAUAUACCAAGGAUAUUUUGGGAUAGACUAUGGGCAUUAUGGGUUAUGUACUUUUGUUACUUUAUGUUGCUCAAUUGAGGAAUCAUUACAAAAAUUGCAUCUUCUUCUUUUGAAUAAGAGGUAGUUGGCCAUGUUGUUCACUUAUAAAGUGUCACUGCUAAGAUUGGUCAUCUACAAAUAUGUACUUAUCAUUGCUAAGGUGGUGUGUUUUGUUAGCUCACCAUGCUAUUCAUCUGAAGUAGCAUUACUAA